GGAAACAUAUUUACCUUGUCGACGAAAAUGACUGAACGAAGCAAAAAGAUAAAUUCAUCUGACGACAUUCCCAAAGAGUCAGACAGACAAUUUUUAGAGAAGAGCAAUGUAGGUGCGUUGAUGCGAGAUGCUCUCAGCAAAAUCAUUGCAAACAGACCUGAGGAUCCCAUAUCAUUUCUUGCGGACUAUUUUGAUUCCAUUGAAGACAGCUCAAGCCAGGUUCAGAAAGCAGACCAGAUCCUGAAGUUGACGCACUACAGUCGCCCAAUGUUUGAAUCUAAUGUCCGAAUGGCCUAUGACGCCCUCGCUGGACACAAAGUGAGCAAAGGUGUACAUGGUGUUGAUGGGAAUGUUUUCGUUGAAUUACUUCAGGCAUUAUGCAGAGACCUUCCUGAACCAGUCACCCAGAAACUGCUACAGAAGAUGGAAUGUCGACCCUACGAGGCUAUUCACUAUGAUGUGUUCAGAUCUGGGGUGUUCACAAGUUGUGUGCUUCUAGAUUAUGUCAAGCUGGCGGAGUUGCUCUUCCAAUCUCUCGACGUACAGCAGUCAGGAAAGGCAAACAAGUCGCUGUGUGACGUUGUUGUAGAACAGCUCAACACCUCGCUGGGAAGCACGCGAACGGAUGCUCGCAGGAUUCUGGAAAGCGGGUACAAUCUUGGGGUCGAUGGAUUGUACUUGGCAUUAGAGAGGGCUAUGUCACGCACAAGUCGAAAUGCUUCUCUUCAGACAUGUGAUCAAUUUGUAACCGAGAUCUGCGAUUGCUUUCUAUCAAAGGUGAAGAAAUUUGGGUGAAAAGCUACUGUGCACACUUAAACCUGAACUUCAUUUGAUGUGUGCCAUGUUAUUGACAUUUCCCAACUGGACUAUACCUUCCCAAUUAUACACAUAAUUGUGUUACACACGAAAUACUGCACAACCAUUUAUAUUCGUCCGCAAAAAGUUUCGUGAUUUUUCACAACUGACAUUUUGGUUUAUAAGUAAAUGGGUAGAUUUCUGAUUUUGGAGAAAAAAGGAUUUUGCGUCAGUCAUUUUCUGAUGAGUUCAGUCAUUUUCUGAUGAGUUUGUGUCAAUUCUCUGGUCCACCCAAGAAAUGAACAAGAAUUAGUGUCCCAAAAGUAGUAAUGAUUUUACUGUGCACUUCCAAUGCUUAAUUGUCCAUGUAAGAAUGAAUUCAACCUGCGAUGUGCUUACUACAAGAAACAUGGAAAUCUGUGUAGUUUUUGUAAUCAUUUUUGGGAUUAACUCUUUCAGUGCUAGAACCGAAUUUUGAAGGCCUUUGCAAACAGUUUGGAUCCAGAUGAGACGCCACAGAACGUGGCGUCUCAUCAGGAUCCAAACUGUUUGCUAUUUUGAAAAAAUCGAAAAAAAUCCUAAUUGUAGAAAUUCAGCAGACGACGUUUUAGCAGACGACAAAUUUCCCAGCAUGCAAAGGGUUAAGGUGUCAGCAAGGAAAACCAAUGCUGAGAAAGCUUCAGGCAUUUUCUGUCUAAACAAUAAAUGUACCACAUAAGUACUAUGUAAGCAUUAAGCUGAAAAGGCAGGAGUACAAUAGACCUGUUUUGUUGUGUACAGCCUUGUUAUGAAUAGUAAAUGCUCAAAUUGUGUUUAAAUCAUGUUUGUCUUAAUGUGUGAUAUUUGAACAAAAUGUGUAAACGAGAAA